ACACAACCAAACAGGAAACAGGAAACCUCGUCGUGUUGUAAGCACGCCUACAAAUUUUAGCCUCUCCACAUUUCAGGAUCUUGACUCACUGCGUGAUGGCGACGAAGUUUUCACUGUGGUUUAAUAUCUGUGUUUGGCUCGCUGUGUCACUAUGCGUUUGCUUUGCCUCGUCCCAGCGUCACAGGUCAGUUAAUGGGACAUCCCGCAUCAGAAGAGAGACAUGUGUGGAUGGCACCUACGACUAUGAAAAACGGAGCUGUUGUAAGUGCCCCGUUGGACAGCAAGUAACACAGCAUUGCACUAAUCAAAGUGAUACCAAAUGCGAAAUCUGCGAGAGUGGCACAUACAACAGUGUCCCUAAUGACCUGAAGACCUGUCAACCCUGCACCUCCUGCGCACAGGCAAAUGCUAAUUUAGAAGUAGAAGAAGAGUGCACUCCUGGUAGGAACGCCAAGUGUCGAUGCAAGAAAGAUCACUUCUGCACCACUGAAAGUUGCACAAUCUGCCAUCCGUGUAAAAAAUGUGGAAUUGGUGGUGUUAAAGAAGCCUGUACAACCAACAGCGACACAGUCUGCAAUGAAAAUGGUGGAGCUAUUGCUGGAAUUAUUAUUCUGGUACUUUUUAUUGCUGGAGCCAUUGUAGGAAUAAUCUGGAUAACGAGGAGCAAACAAAAGAAAGAGGAUGAAAAAAGCAAAGAGACGCUCAUCCAUCUUCUUCCAGAUGUUAACAUUGAUCCUCACCUGCCUGAUAUUGCAAGGGAGCUUGGAUGGAGAGAUGCAAGAAACCUAGCUCUCCGAACUGGGAUAAAUGCGGCUACUAUUGACACUUAUGAAAUGGAGUACCGAAAUGAUGCUGAGGAGCGAACGCUACAGCUGCUGCUGAAGUGGGUGGAGAAGGAAGGCAAACAGGCCUCAAAGAAACUUAUCGAAAACCUUGUGGAUAUGAAACAAAAGAAAAAAGCAGAACAGAUCAGAGACAUAUUGUUAAAACGUAGUUCACCAUCAAACAAUCCUGCAAGUAACUGCUGACAUGUAUACACAAUGAAAUUGAAUGACUUUGAAUUCUAAAGAAAGAAUCUUGCAAAGUUACCUCUUGAAUUUGGAUUCAGGUUGUGAAAGCUGACUAUGAGUUACAAUAUAUUUAAAUUUGAUUGUUUUUAGGUUAGUUUUCAAUGUGAAUUUGUUAAAAAAAAUAUUCACUUUGAAUUGAUAUUAUUAAUUUCAUGAUCAUAACAAUAAUGCUCAUUUUAAAAAAAUUCAUGUGUCAUAAGUAGGGAUGGGUACCGGUGUCCGGUGCCAUGAUGGCACCGGUUCUGACAUAAACGGUAGUAACCAGACCGAAAAGCAGCGCACAUUUCGGUGCU